AUGAAGCUCUCAAAUCGAAUGUUCACAAUAGCUUUAAUCUCAUCAUGGUACACAUCAAACAUUGGCGUACUCUUACUCAACAAGUACCUCCUGAGCAACUACGGAUUCAAGUACCCAAUCUUCCUAACCAUGUGCCACAUGACAGCUUGUUCGUUGUUCAGCUACGUUGCGAUUGCGUGGCUCAAAAUGGUUCCAAUGCAAACGAUUCGGUCUCGGCUUCAGUUUUUCAAGAUCGCUACUCUCAGUUUGGUUUUCUGUGUUUCGGUUGUGUUUGGGAAUGUGUCGUUGAGGUAUCUUCCGGUGUCGUUUACACAAGCUGUCGGUGCUACUACGCCGUUUUUUACUGCCGUUUUUGCUUACUUUAUGACGUUUAAAAGAGAAGCGUGGCUUACUUAUCUUGCGCUUCUUCCUGUUGUUACUGGCGUUAUUUUUGCUAGUGGGGGUGAACCAAGCUUUCAUUUGUUUGGGUUCAUAAUAUGUGUUGCAGCUACAGCGGCACGAGCCCUAAAAUCAGUGUUACAAGGAAUUUUACUUUCAUCUGAAGGGGAGAAGCUAAAUUCUAUGAACCUUCUCCUUUACAUGGCUCCAAUGGCUGUUGUUUUCCUUCUUCCUGCUACACUUUAUAUGGAAGAAAAUGUGGUUGGCAUCACAUUGGCUCUUGCCAGAGAUGAUGUGAAGAUCAUUUGGUAUCUUCUGUUUAAUUCCUCACUUGCAUAUUGUGUCAACCUCACCAAUUUCUUGGUCACAAAACACACCAGUGCUCUCACCCUUCAGGUACUCGGAAAUGCUAAAGGCGCUGUAGCAGUUGUAGUUUCGAUUCUGAUAUUUAGAAAUCCAGUUUCAGUCACCGGAAUGAUGGGUUAUUCACUUACAGUCCUCGGAGUUGUUCUUUACAGCGAAGCCAAAAAGCGAAGCAAGUGA